UUUCCCGGAGUCGGUCGCCACGCCCGCCCCUCCUCCCCGGCCGCCUUGCCCGCACAGCGAUGGGCCAGCGAUGGGCCUGGGCCCCGAGGCUGCAGUGUGACCGUGGGCAAGUCUCGCCAGCCUGGCCCCAGCUCCCUUUUCUGACCAUGAACUCCUCUGGAGGAAGGAGGCAGGAAGCAGCAAGGCCCACGGGUAGAAAGGCUCACAGACCCCGGGAGCAGGACCCAGAUGUGCAACUGUCCAAGGCUCUGUCAUAUGCCUUGCGCCACGGGGCCCUGAAGCUGGGCCUUCCCAUGGGGGCUGAUGGCUUUGUACCCCUGGGCACCCUUCUGCAGCUGCCCCAGUUCCACAGCUUCUCCACUGAAGACGUGCAGCGUGUGGUGAACACCAACAGGAAGCAGCGCUUCACUCUGCGGCCAGGAGAUCCCAGCACUGGCCCCCUCAUCCGAGCCAACCAGGGCCACUCCCUGCAGGUACCCGAGUUGGAGCUGAUGCCUCUGGAGACGCCACAAGCUCUGCCUCUGGUACUAGUACAUGGUACAUUCUGGAAGCACUGGCCCUCCAUCCUGCUCAAGGGCCUGUCAUGCCAGGGAAGGACACACAUCCACUUGGCUCCAGGACUGCCUGGAGACGCUGGUGUCAUCAGUGGUCAGUGCCCCCCUCCACCUACCUGUUCCUACCCACUCUGUCCUUCUAGGUCCCCUUCAAGUUCACAGCUUCCCUUGUCCAAGGCUGCCCUCUCCCUUGCAUGGAACAGAACCCCUUCCCACCCAUCACAGGAUAUCAGUCUGUCCAGAUUUGUUGUCUCAGCCCCAAUUGACCCUAUAGGCAUGCGCCCAAAUUGUGAAGUGGCUGUGUUCAUCAAUGGACCCCUGGCCCUGUCAGAUGGAAUCUCCUUCUUCCGCUCUGCUAACGGGGUGAUCUUGACUCCAGGGAAUGCUGAUGGCUUCCUGCUUCCCAAGUACUUCAAGGAGGCCCUGCAGCUGCGCCCCACCCGAAAGCCUCUCUCCUUGGCUGGUGAUAAAGAGACAAAGUAGCAGAGUGGCCCCAAGCACAGCCUGAGAGGAAGGAGGAUGAUCCAACAAUAAAAUAUUUAUUUAUUUAAAAAACUCUAAAAAAAGUAUUAAGAAACUCUAGUUUGAAACCAA